ACAAUCCACAUCAUCAUCAUCAACAUAUCCAAUUAUUGUCUAUCCAAUGACCAAUAAUAAUAAUAAUAAUGCUAAUGAACAAUCAUCAUUAAAUAAUGGUUGUAAUGGUGUUAAACGUAAACGACAACAAAAACAAACAAUUAAAAAUGAAGUUAAAGAUAAUGAUGAUUGUUGGAAUCAAUCAACAAUAACAACAACACCAACUGGUAUUGAUUUUUUUGAUGAAAAUCAAAAAUCCACAUCAUUACAACAACAACAACAAGAAUCAACAAUUGUAUGGCCAACUACAAAAAAAUCCAAACGUUCAUCAAAUACAAAUCAACAACAACAACAACAACAGAAUCAACAGAUUAAUAAUUCUUUAUCAUCUAGUCAUCAUAUGAAUGAAAAUUCCAUUUUAAAACAUAAUAAUAAUAAUGCUGCUGGUGGUGGUGGUGGUACAUCAUUGCUUAAAUCAACAAUGUCCGGAAAUUCAUUAAAUUCACAUUCACAACAACGAUCACAUCUACAGCAGCAACAGCAAUCAAAUUGUAAUGGAAACAACAACAACAACAAUAAUAAUCGUGGUUCAAGAACAAUCGAUACGGAAAUAACUGAUGAAGAACGACGUUUGUUAAUAAAAGAAGGUCAUCCAACAUUUCCAUCCGAUGCAAGAUCAUUAACAAAAUUAGAGGAAAAAAUAUUACGUAAAAUACGACGUAAAAUUCGUAAUAAACGUUCAGCACAAAGUUCAAGACAAAGAAAAAAAGAAUAUUUAGAAGAUCUUGAACGACGUUAUUCAGAAUCAAUUCAAGUUGCUGAACAUUAUAAAUCUGAAUGUUUACGUUUACGUAAAGAACGUGUUAAUUAUUUAAAACGUUUUCAUCAACUUGUUAUGUUCCGAAUUAAUGAACAACAACAACAACAGGGUCAAGAAUCCAAGAUGAUGAUUGAUGACAGUAUAAAAAAUACUGAACAUCAAUCAUCAUCACCAUCAUUAAAUGGACAAUUAUUAUCACCAUCAUCAACAAUGGCUAUUGCGGCUACAAUCACUGUACAAACAACAACAACAACAGCAGCAAAUAAUUUAUCAAUAAAUUCAGAUAUUGAUCAACAAUUAUUAGCUGAUAAUCAUAAUCAAAAUCAAACCAAAUAAAUAAUUUUAAAAACAAUAUUUUAUCA